UACUGCGUCGGAAAUGACGUCACGAGCAAAACCAAGAGGCAACACAAGCGGUUGUUGAAAAGCUAACCGGGUCGAAUGCUUAUUAACUUACUCGUGAAUUUCUUUAGCUAAAAAAAACUCAUGGGCUUAUAGUUUAAGUACAAAUAGUUUAACACUUGAGGCUUGACAAUGGUUUCCACGAGCUGUUGUUUCCUAAUGUUGCGGUUUGUUGACAUUUUUACGCUUUCACCGUUGGAUAGCAUACAGAUGCUACCGUUGAGCUAGCACCAUUAGCCUCCUAAUAGAUGACCAUGAUUUUCAUCAAGACAAUCCGUAUUAGUUAAUAGCUCGUUGUGCAUCGUUAGCUCAUCCUUCCAAAGUGUAUCCGUUCAUCAACUGCCUGAAAUAUUCAUCUCCAAGAGGUAAACGUUAACCAAUGGUGUCGCGUUAAAGCGUAUAAACAACAUGGUAGCGUUUUCCGAGGAGAACUUUUGACGUUGUAUUCGAGUCUUGAUUUUCUCACAAACACGCGAAAGUCCACCAUGUCGGACCUAGACACCCUCAUCGUGACCUUUCAGACCCAGCUGUCGGAUGUAAUGGAGACCGUAACAAAGACCGCCAUGUACGAGGUCACGAGGUUGGUUGAGGAGGGCUUCUUGGAGGAGAUGCAGCGCAGGAACCAGGAGCUGGAGUCCCUGAGGAUGCAGCUGCGACGGGCUGAGACGAAACUAAGUGACCAAGUGGGGAAAGACGCAAGAACAACCGGGAGGUGCGUUGGGUGUUCAAAGGGUGAUGUGCCACUGCGCGGUGGUGAUCCUGCAGAAGGAAGCCCCACAGAACAGCCAGCUGAUAUCUUCAGGGCCUGCGUGAUCAAAGAAGAAGGUGACUCUAUGGAAAGGUGGUCAAUGUGCUGCGCACAGGAAGUCAUACCAGAGUCGGAAGACAAUCCUACAUGCACUUUUAGUCCUGAGAGGAAGCGUCUGACCGAAGAGGAGGAUGCGUUGCCGGCGGUGGAUGUAAAGGAUGAAGAUGCAAAUAAGCUGUCUGGUUUUUCUGUGCAUUGGAGGGCUCCUCUUGAUUAUGAAGUGGAACCUGAGAAGACUGAGGCACAACCCGAACGAGCUCAAGAGAGCCGUGAAAAACUAUUGAGGGAUGUUAUUGCACAAAACACGCAGGUCCCUGCUACAUACGUUUUUCCCAAAGACCAGGAGCCAGCUCACGUGGCCACAGAGUCGUCUUUAGUGGUGGACGGAGGCUGGACCGGCAUGGCUGUCACAACAGCUGCUUUACUGCAGAAUGACAGAUUUUCAUCAGAACCGCACUGUGAUCCAGUCAAAACCAGUAGUUCUCUAAAGCUAACUGAACAAGAGCUGUCCAACUCUGUCGCAGCACAUGUCGAUGUUCUGAUUUCCUCGCGUGCAGAUCAGAUUUCAUCCUCAGCGUCCCCGACGUCGAGACUGCAAAACAGUGAUGCGUAUGGUGUCACUAUCAAGCAGGAGGUGGUCGUCGAUUCGGAUGGAUGUGUGGAAAGCGAACCUAAAAAAAAGAGGACAAAGAUGUCCAGGAUGGCAUCUUUCUCAUGCUCGGUUAAACAUCACAGAGGGAGUUCAGAUGCAUUUAAGCAGAACCGCAUUUCCCACAAAGCAUCUGUGCAGGACGUUAAGAAGCUGCAUUCCAAAGUGGCCGCUGGUCUCCGAUUACAAGCUGCUGUUCAGCACCUCCACGGGCCGACGAAAAAGGCCGCUCACGCACACUCGAACAGUGCUAACACAGCACUGUCUAUAGCUCCCGUAAACUUAAAUCCCCUCAACAGAACUCAGUCCACAUCUAAAACGCUUCCUCCACCAUCUCUCUCAUUGCAGCGAGUUCACCUGGGCGAUAAACAGGCCGCAGCACACAAUCGGACGGGUGUCCCUUGGGUCAGCAUCAAAGUGCAGCAGUCCGCAAACGCCCUUCGCAGCGACGCGCUACUCCUCCCGGACUCUGACCCUCGCACCGUACCCAGGCAUCUCCUGCGCUGCGGCGUGUGCGGGAAGUGCUUCCCCCACCCCAGCAACCUGAAGGCCCACCUGCAGACGCACACAGGCGAGCGGCCUUUUUGCUGCUCCCUCUGUGGUCGCAGCUUCACCAAGCUGAGCAACCUCAAGGCUCACAGACGGGUCCACACAGGGGAGAGACCGUACUGCUGCUCGGCCUGUGGCAAACGCUUCACCCAGAAAUGCAACCUGAAGCGCCACCAGAGUAUCCACCUGGAUGUAUGAUGAUGGAGAGCCAGCGUUAAGAGGGUGUGUUCCUUGUCGAUGAAGGUGCUAGUGUUUUUGUAAUGUUCUUCUUGUGUACUUCUCUCUUUAGUGAUCCUCUGCAGUGUGUUGUGAGUCAUGCCGAGAUAGGUCAAUUGUCACUGGGUCAGUAAAUAUUCUGUGAAUUCAAGUCCAGCGUAUCGGUCGACUAAAUUGCGCUGUUUUUUAGCACAACUAUACUUACUGUGUAACUGAUCAGGGCCUUUAUUUAUUAUUAACCUGCUCUUCAGUCACGCUCAAAAACCUAUAUGAAAGAAAUUCAUUAAAUUACCUCCGUCUUAAAAAUACUUAAUGAAAUACACCAGAGGUUUUGAGAAGAUCCUAGUUUGCUCAUAUAUAAAAACACUAAUACUAAGAUACCGUAUCAUUGGCCCUGACUUAUGAUGACUUAUAUUUAUAGGAACUGCAAGUUUAUAAAUGUGUAGCUUUAACAUACUACUGCUUUUAAAAAGGAUCUUUCACUGCUUUUCAGUUUAUCUUCAUUUGGUUUCCUAUUUGUGUACAAUUAUUAUUUAUCCCUAACCAUGUGUUUUCAUGUUACAAAUGAAUUAGAUUACUUUUGAUUUCCCUUGUGCUACUUUUUACUGGAUAAAAAGAGAACUGAUGUUUCUUUACAAGACAAAUUAACAUUAUUCCCCUUUUUCUGAUUCAUAUUUAUUUUAUACAAUUUAUUAUCUGAACAAAUAUGCUGAUUAUUUCAUAGGCUAGUCACAAGAUGUGAACCUCUUAAAAUAGUUUGAAAAUGACUUCAACUUGUUGUUCCUUAAUAAACCCUACCGUGUAAUUCCCAAAAGUCUGGUUAAGAGCACAUGUCAUGUGACUAAAACAUUACAUAACAUCAUAACAUUAAAUUAAAUUUCAGGAAUUAAAAAUUAAAAGUAUGAUUUGUCUCUUCAAAUAACAGCUGACCAUUUUGUAAGUUAUGGCUGAAUUUAAAUUCUGACUGAUUUUAUGUCCUAAUCACUUACAGCAACUUUUUUUAAGCAUCUUUAAAAAUAACUAACUCACAAUUUCGUUUUACACCACUUGGUGUCAGGCUCAGACCUAAAUAUCACAACAAUAGCAGAUAUUGUCAGAUGACAUUUUUGUCCUUUUGCUGGGCUGCUAAUGUACUGUUUUGAAUGGAGGAUAUAGUUAUCUUAAAGUCUGUAGACACACACUUAGUCGCUCAGUUUCCAAGCCUGUGUUUGUGCUCGUUACGUAUCUCCUGCUCCGUUGUAUCUGUAGUUAGUAGGGCAUCAAUGUGCAGCUGGUACAACAGAUCAUUUUCAAUUAGAGGAAAAAGCUAGCAACGGCUCAACUUCUUCAAAAAGACAGCGAGAGAACGUGGAUAAAAGCAAUUCUUUUUUAGAUGAUAACUUUUCAUUAUUGUGUUCAAAAAUAUCUAUGAAGAGCAAUUGAGAAAUUCCCAUUUAGCUAAAUCUGCAGUGGGUGAGCGGUAGUUUGUUGAGUGUUGGAGUGCACAGGCUCCACAUAUCCAUCCUCCUAUGUGUUAGCCAGCAUAGAACUUAUGUCAGUGCUAAAACAUGAGCUGCAAAAUGUGUCAUGUGAAUCGCUGUUUCUUCUUAUUGGACCAAUGUGAAGUUUCUCCUGAAAAUGUUUGUUACUUAAUUAAAAGAAAAAACCUUAACCCGUA